UGUGUGUUGGGGUCUCAGCUGCCGCUUGCCGCCUGCCGUGUCGUAGAGUCGUUUUGUUGGUUGUCGCGUUCGUGUGCGCGCACAGAAAACAGCAGCAGCAGCCAGCAGUAGCAGCAAGCAGCAGCCAGCAGCAAUCGCAGUCGCAGUCGCAAUAAUAGCCACAAUAUAGUAUUCCGCUGAAAUCCCCCAGUUCCGAAUCAUCUGCCGCUGCAGUUGCAAGUCAAGUGGAGUGCGCCGGCCAUAACUCAACUCAAUAAUCAUACAAUAUAAUCAUAAGCAACAGCAGUUGGCUGUAUUGCAUUUUGUUAAAUCGACGAUGGCUGUGUGGAAUGCAAUUUGACGAUUAUAUAAUUAAUACGAUGUUGGUGCCUUCAAAAUCCAAUAAGUAUCCAACAACAACAACAACCAAAAAAAAGUAACAACAAAAGUUAACGCAACGUUUUUAAAACACUAAAAAUAACAAUAUAAUUAAUCCGCAAAAAAUAAAAUAAAAUAAAAUAAAAAGAAGCAACACAAAAUUUGUUAAAAAAUUUCUAACCAAAAGUGGCCUGCAAAACGAGGAGGAGAAAGCAACAACAAAAGAAGCAACCAAGAAAUGUGAUUCCCAGUGUGAAAUGUAAACAAAAACGUGAACAAUUCUGUUUGAUUGUUAGCCAAAGCAAAGCCAAGGCCAAAAGCAAACCUACAACCAAAACCAAAAGUAAACCAAAACCCAAACCAAAAAAAAAAAAACACACACAGAAUUAAUCAUAGCAAAAACCAACCAAAAGCAGUGGAAAAAGUUCAGUAGCCAAAUGGAAAUCAAGGAAUCAUCAAGCAAAUCAAACAGCAGACUAGCAGCAGCAGCCACUAGCGUGGCCAAUGAUUAAGGGCCGGGAUUGUUAGCCGUUCCGUAGUAAUCGUAGCAGCAUCCCCCCCUCCACCACUCCACACCACACCAUACCACACACGCCGCCCCCUUUCGCCGCGCGCCAAUGCCCGGACAGCAGACGUUAGCGCAACAAUUAUAGAGUAGCAACAGAGCAGCAGACAACACACCAGCCCCCCGCCAAGACACAACCCCAACCCAUCCACACACACCAACCCUCACAUCAUCAUGGACAUCAAGAUUGAGCAGCAGCAGCAGCAACAGCAACAACAGCAGCAGCAGCAGCAAGUGGAGCUGGGUCCCUGCUCACCCUCGGAGGUGCCCAAUGAUCCUGGCAAAAUGUUCAUUGGCGGCCUCAGUUGGCAGACGAGUCCAGAGAGUUUACGCGAUUACUUUGGACGCUAUGGUGAUAUCUCAGAGGCUAUGGUCAUGAAGGAUCCCACGACGCGUAGAUCCAGAGGCUUCGGCUUUGUCACAUUCAGCGAUCCAAAUAGCGUGGAUAAGGUACUCACCCAAGGCACACACGAGCUGGAUGGCAAAAAGGUCGAUCCAAAAGUAGCUUUUCCGCGACGUGCACAUCCCAAGAUGGUGACGAGAACGAAGAAAAUCUUUGUGGGCGGCCUCUCGGCGCCCACCACGCUGGAGGAUGUGAAAAGUUAUUUUGAACAGUUUGGUCCGAUCGAGGACGCCAUGCUGAUGUUCGAUAAGCAGACCAAUCGGCACAGAGGUUUUGGCUUCGUUACAUUUCAAAGCGAAGAUGUGGUAGACAAAGUUUGCGAAAUUCAUUUCCAUGAGAUAAACAACAAAAUGGUCGAAUGCAAGAAGGCGCAGCCAAAGGAAGUGAUGCUGCCGGCCAACCUGGCCAAGACCCGUGCGGCCGGCCGCUCUGCUUACGGUGAGUUGGUAGUCUGGGGCAGCCACGCCAAUCAGGCGGCGGCGGCGGCCACGUCCGCUGCUGGCCUGCUGCCAAGUAGUUUAGCCGCUGCCGCCUCCGUGCUGCAGCAGCAUCAGCAGCAGCAGCAGCACCACCACCACCACCACCAGCAGCAACAACAACAACAGCAACACUCACAGGCACCACAACACACACACCCACACGCACACACACACACACACCCACACCAUGCCCACCAUCAGCUGCUGGGCGCCGCGGCAGCCGCCGCCUCGCUGCGUUACUCCCCCUAUCCGCUGCCCGCCCACCUCUCGGCGGCCGCCCUUGCUGCAGCCGCUGUGAACCAGCAACAGCAGCAGCAGCAAGCGGUGCAGCAGCAGCAACAGGCGGUUGCCGUCGCCGCCCACCAGCAGCAACAGCAGCAACAACAACAGCAGCAGCAGCAGCAGAGCCUCGCCCAAGCGGUGGCCGCUGCUGCAGGUGCCACACCAUCGCUCAUGCCCCUUUCGAGUACCGCCCCCACGGGCGGGCACUCUCUGCUGCAAUACGCAGCGGCAGCCAAUGCCAGCCAGAGCAACGCCGCCCUGGCCAACUCCCUCUACGCGGACGCCGCUGCCGUGAUGGGCUACAAGCGGCUGCUGGCCGCCGCCGCCGUCAGCAGCGGCCUCAGAGGAGCGCCGGGCGCCACUCUCAGCGCUCUGACGGCGGCAGCCAACACACCCGCAGCGGCAGCAGCCGCAGCCGUGGCCCAGCAGGCGCAGCUGCGUCAGAACGCGGCACUGGCAGCGGCCCACUAUCCGCUGAGCGAGCUGCUGGCGAUGCCGGGUGGCCUGGAGAUGUCGGGCGCCAAUUCGGCGGCGGCAGCGGCAGCUUCGCUCUACCAGCUGCCCGGCAUGUGACCGCCCAGGCAGCAG